AUGGUGACCAAUACCGGCGUGAAGGAGUAUAGAUUACAGGAUUUGGUGAAUGAGAGAUAUAAUGAUGAGAGUCCAAUUGUAUAUACAAAAUACGAUGGAUAUGAAGGUGACAUAGGGUAUUUGGGUGAUAUAAACAAUUGGCAAGAGGUCACUUUCAAUAAUCUUAAUGGAGCAUCCACAAGUUUUUAUGUUGUAUAUAGAAAAGAUGGUUCUACGUGGGAGGGAGAGGACAGGGGUUAUAUAGCUAUAAAGGACGGACAACCUGCAGAAAAGCCUGAGUACUGGAAUGCUUAUUGGGAUUCCGGUGGUGAAAUCUAUUAUGGAGGUUGGGAUGAAUCUACAUAUGUACCAUCACAAUAUCCUGGUAGGUCGUAUAGUUGUUAUAUGUCAAACGGCAACAAAGGUGUUGGCAAUACCUAUUCAUAUAUUCGUAUAGAAUUUACAGGUAUACCAGAUUUUACUAUAUACAUCAAUUCUUAUGCGGAAUCAUCUUAUGAUUAUACGGUGGCCGGACAAUUGGAUACUGCACCAUAUGGCGGAAUAGAUUCUUAUGAUAAUAGACCAAUUAGUGAGUUGUCCUCUAAUUUUGGUACGGGUGGUGCUAAAGCUCAUACAUCAGGAAAACAAGCGGCCCCAGAUAAUGCAUUUACAUCAAAUUAUUGGACCGAAGUGAAAUAUCCAAAUGACGGUGGAUUCCAUUUCAUAUAUGUCGUAUACAGGAAAGACGGGAGUGUGGAUAGAGAUUAUGAUAGGGGGUUUGUUUUGAUUGCCGAUGAUGGUCAUCCUCUUUUUAACACUCCUUCCUCACAAUAUCCUCAGGAUGAAAUUUGGUAUUGGACUACAACCGGUAACAAGAUUAAUUUUCCUAGUAAUUGGACUGUUGAUGGGUAUGGAAUAAGUGUGGUUAGCAAUCAAGAAGAUCCUACUCAAAGUGGGAAAUGGAUAUUGAAAUUCAAUGAUGUUGUUGCUGCUAUAGCUUAUGAAGCGUUUGCUUAUUAUACACUCAACAACAAUAAUACUUUGACAAAAAUAUGGAUACCUCAAUCUUGUAGUUUUAUUGGUGAAUUUGCGUUUGACAACCAAACCAAUUUAAGUGAGGUAUAUAUUGGAAAUGAUGACAGUAAUCUUAAUAAGGAUAUAUCUUUGGAUAGGUUUGUAUUUUUUAGAUGUAGUAAUUUGAGAAAUGUUUAUUUGGAAGGAUAUAAUAGUGGUUCAUUCGAUGAGCCCAAUAUUUUUAUGAACUGUACAGCCGGAGGAGCUAGUAGUUAUGGUUGUGCGAUAUGCUGUACAGAUAAUAAUUUAUGCCAUCAAAUAAUAGACGAGUAUACAGAGUACAACUAUGAUGGGACCGGAAGCAAUUACUAUGCCCAACAACACCCAGUGAGAUGCACAGGUGUGACUGGUGGUGCCGUUGGAUUUACGAAUGUCGAUAAUAAUUAUGAUGAUUUUGAACCCCAUGAUAAAGAUGUACUGAUACUUGAAGACAAUCCGGUUGAUUAUAAGAUUCAACAACAGAUAAGGCUUGGUGGAAAUUGCUAUUUCAAAUGGAAGAGACUUUCUCCGGAUGAAUAUGUUGAAUAUCACAAGUCUUGCGAAGACAAGGAUGUGGAUUACUUUAUGUUUACCGAUGAUGUGAAGGAUGGUGAGGUUGAAAGAGAUGGUUGGAAACUCAUCAAGGGAAUUGACCUUCCUAAAGAUUUGGUUGACUAUUUUAAUUCAGAUAAUAGACUUAUUAUAAAUUGGGUUGAUGGGGAAAAUACCAAGACUAUGAAGAAAGUUUUUCCCAUUUUGAAGUAUUUGAAAGAUGAUGAUAUCAUAAUCAAUAUUGAUGAUGAUGCCCUUAUACCAAGAGAAUUUAUUAAAAAUAGAUAUGAUGAAUUCAUUAAGACAGGAUUACCAAUAACUAGUUGCAAUAACCCCAAAUGGCACUAUGUGAAGAAAGAACUUGGUGUGUGGUCAUGUGGGGCAGGAAGCAUUUUUAGAAAAAAGAUGUUGAGAGGGUAUGAGGAGUUUAUGAAUGACAAACUCAUACAUUGUUAUAAUGAUGACUGGUGUUAUACCACAUUGCUAUGGUUGAACGGAUAUAAGUUUAGACCUUGCACAUCAUAUUCUAUGCAGAAUGGUUCUAUUGAUAAGAAUAGUACUAAAUUGAAGAAAUAUAAUGAUAUAGAACCAAUGGGCAAAACCCAUCAGUAUGUGGAUCACUCCAAUAUGUAUGACCUUCUUGAUGAAAGGAUUAAGCAAAUGUUUGGUGUUUCGUUUGAUAAAGCAUUCAAUGCAUUUGGUAACAGGCAUGACUGUGUAAUGGUAUAUGGUAAGUCCGGUGUUAAUUCUGAAGAGAUGACUUGUGGAGACCAUCUGGAAAUAGAAUAUGUCAUUGCAUCUUUGAAGAAGUAUUGUAGUUCUUGGUGUGGAAGGAUUUUUAUAGUUGGAUCCGAACCCCCUAAAGAAAUUAAGGAUGAUGUGAUACAUAUUCCUUGUGAUGACCCAUAUACUCAUUGUAAGGAUGCGAAUAUCAUACACAAGAUAAGGGACUUACUUGAUGUUGUUGUUGGUUUCAAGGAUAGAUUAUCUAAAUAUAAGGAACAAUCUAAAUCUCUUUCAAACCCUGUUGAAAAACCCAAAUCAAGGAUAGAACAACUCAAGGAAGACAUUACAAAUGGGAGGGUGGUCAAGAUGCCAUCACCGAAUGGACUUGGUACUAUGUUUGGAUUAAGAAUUGUGAAGGAAACCUAUCUCGAUUCUCUUCUUUCGGAGAUAGAUUCUUUGAAAAACACCUGCAUUGCUCUCAAGGAUGAGAUUGCAGAACUUGAGAAAAGACCAACACUUCUCACAGAUGUUGCUGAGACACCUCUCAAGGAAGAGAAAAAGGUAAGGAAGACCGUCAAGAAGACGGAUGGAAAAACAACAAGACUUAUGAAAAAGUUUACAGGAACAGUCAAUGGGAAGUCUUUUGAUAAUGAGGAGGACUUCAAUGCGGCAGCAGCCGAGGCAAUCAAGUCAAAUGAUGGAAAUCUUACCAUCUCAUCAUAUUACUCUUAUGUUGAGGAUACCGAGACAAAGGAAGAGGAUGUGAAGGAGGAUGAGAAGGAUGUGAUUCUCACCAAGGAGGAUUAUUUUCUUUCGGCAGAUGCAAAACCCAAGUGUUACAACGGUACUCUUGACUAUAAUUUUCCGGAGAUUCUCGCGGACAAACUUUCAAAGGCGUCCAACACCGAUGAAAUUCGUACAUCUGUCAAUGGAAAAAUAGGUUAUCUUGGUAAGAGGGAGAAAGAGGUGAGUGCAGAAUCCAAGGACAUACAGAAUGAGAUAGAGCAUCUACAGGAUAGACUCUAUAAGGUUGAUGCGGAUCUCAAGGACAUUUUAGCACAGAGGAGAUAUUACAAUUCAAUCAUAGAUGUGUUGGAUGGUGAUACUCCGGAGGAUUGUGAGAAGUGUGAGGAGAAAAAGUGCAAUUGUGGAAAACCUGUCAAUGGUGAAUUCAAAUCUCUUUUUGAUUUCCUUCGUGAUCUUGGAUUUUGGACAUUUAGAUUUUAA